AUGGCAUUUUUCAGAAAACUGCAGCGGAGCCUGCCCUCCGUGUCCUCCCUGGUGGACACAAUCAGUAACGCUGUGGACGACCUGACCACAGCUGUCGGGGAGGUCAGCUAUGCUUUGAGCGACGCAGUGACUGAACAGGUGACAAGCAUGAUGAAUGGCUUUCACCCAGAAGAGGAAAGCGCGUCAGCAGCAGAAGCGGUGGAUACUUCUAAACAAGAAGACGCCAUGUCACCAGAAGUCUCCAGAAACACCGAUUGUCAGGAAAUGCCAUCCAGUGUAGAGCCCACAGCAAAUCCAAGGAAUUGUUAUACGACUUCAGUUUCACAAAGGCAAGAUCAAGGAACAAAUGAAGAAAGACCAUUUAAACAUAUUAAUGAUAGGCAACAGAUGCUAUCAAAAUGUCAAGAAACCAAUAAUGCUGGGAAUUCUGUGGAAGGCCAUGUGAGUGAUGGUGGGAUAUCAGUUGUUGAGCAGAAUGCAAGGACUGGAUCUCUUUGCCAAGAACUUAGACCUACAGACAGGUAUAGAAACAUUGGGUUAGGAAUUUCUAGUAAUGGUAAGAAUGAUUUAAAGGAGGUAAGGUAUCAAGAAAAGAGAGAAAAACAUUUAGAGAAAGCUGAAAACCAUAUUAAAAAUAAAGGGUCGAAAGGAAAUGAGUGUUCAGGAAAUGAGAACUCUCCAAAAGAUAUUUUGGCGAGCGAUAGACAUGCGAUACGGAAAUCCAUUAUGAAAGAAGACAGACAUCUAGCACCAUCAACUAGCUCUAAAGGUAAAUUACAUGGAAAAAUCAAAGAACAUAUACAAGCAACAAAAUGCUACAAAGGGAAAGGAGACGUAAAAGCAAAGAAAAGUGAAGCCGUUUCUGCCAAGAAAGGAAAAGCAAAGAGUAAAGAUGAAAAAUAUUCUAAGAUAAUACCAGGAAAAGAUAAUUCCUACAUGGACAGAGAUGAGCACGGUUCAUCCUCUGAAAGUGAAGAUGAAGCACUGGGUAAAUACCACGAGGCCUUAUCCCGAACACACAAUUCCAGGCUCCCAUUGGCUGAUUCUAGACAGAAGAACUAUACUUGGGAAACAAGACAAAAAUACAGCCCUCUAUCUGCAGAGUAUGAUGGAUACAGUAGCGAAGCAUCAAUAGAUGAAGGAAACUGCAUUCAGAGAAUGAGAAGAACACCCCCACUGGAUGAACUGCAGCCCCCGCCAUAUCAGGAUGACAGCGGGUCUCCCCACCUCUCAUGUACACCCUCAGAAAUCGGGGACAGUAAAUGUGAAUUUUCCCACUGCAGCAACAGCCCAAGACGCUCCUAUAACAAGUGCCCAAGUGAAGGAAGCACCGGUCACGAAAUAGAAAGUUUUCAUAAUAAAGGAUAUGAAGAUGUUCCGAGUGACAGCACUGCAGUCCUGAGCCCUGAAGACAUGUCAGCUCAAGGAUCAUCUUCACAGCUUCCCAAACCCUUUGAUCCUGAGCCAGAAGCUAAGUAUGGCACACUGGAUGUGACUUUUGACUAUGACUCACAAGAACAGAAGCUCCUGGUAACCGUGACAGCUGUCACAGAUAUCCCAACAUAUAACAGGACAGGUGGCAACUCAUGGCAAGUACACCUUGUUCUUCUACCUAUAAAGAAACAGAGAGCAAAAACCAGCAUCCAGAGAGGACCAUGCCCUGUCUUCACAGAAACAUUCAAAUUUAACCAUGUUGAAUCUGAGAUGAUUGGAAAUUAUGCAGUUCGAUUUAGACUGUAUGGUGUACAUCGCAUGAAAAAAGAAAAGAUGGUGGGGGAAAAGAUUUUUUAUUUAACAAAAUUGAAUCUUCAAGGGAAAAUGUCAUUACCUGUGAUAUUGGAACCUUCUUACAAUCAUUCUGGCUGUGACUCCCAAAUGAGCAUGUCAGAAGUGUCCUGUAGUAGAAGUACAUCCUCCUGUCAGUCUCUGGAGCAUGGCUCGGUUCCAGAAAUUCUCAUUGGCCUGCUUUAUAACGCCACCACUGGCAGACUAUCAGCAGAAGUCAUCAAAGGCAGCCACUUCAAAAACUUGGCAGCAAACAGACCACCCAAUACGUAUGUUAAAUUAACUCUACUGAAUUCCAUGGGUCAAGAAAUGUCUAAAUGCAAGACAUCCAUCCGCAGAGGGCAGCCAAAUCCAGUGUACAAGGAAACUUUUGUUUUUCAAGUGGCCCUGUUUCAGCUCUCUGACGUGACCCUUAUCCUGUCAGUGUAUAACAAGCGCAGCAUGAAAAGAAAAGAGAUGAUAGGCUGGAUUUCUCUAGGUCUGAACAGCUCUGGAGAGGAGGAACUCAAUCACUGGACCGAAAUGAAAGAGUCGAAAGGACAGCAAGUGUGCAGAUGGCACGCGUUACUAGAGUCAUGAUGAGGAGAACAAGCAUUUGCAGCCGCAGGCAGCAUUGCUGUCAGUGACAACGCCGCUGUUUUGACCUGAUCAUCGUUAGAAGACUUAUUCUUUGAAGAAUCACCUUCAACAUGCUACCAAAAUGUUUUAAAUUCUGUGGAAAGACCAUCUAAUACUGACAUGAAUGAAGGCAGGUUGUAUCUCUGGUAGAGUUUGUUUGGGACGAUGAAAAACCCUAUCAUCAUUGUUAAGCUACCGAUCCUCCAGAGCUUUAAGAACAUGCUUUUGGGUUGAAGUUCAUUUUACUUUAGCAAAAGAGCCAGUCAUUUCCUGAAAAAUCAAAAUUGUCAAUGAUGUUUUAGAAUUUUUAGUUGCAACACGAUUUUAGUAUCACCCUACAUAUUAUCCGUAAAGCAUAUUUUGACUGGCUUGUCCCUGGUGUUUGAAAUGUACUUUGAUAAAAGAAAGUAGUUCUCCAACUCUAUUGUAAGUCAUAUCUGGUGUUGAAGGGUUUCAGUCACAUAGGAAAUUGUUUUCUUUCAGAUAUUUUCCCUUUAUGCACUUAGCUUCAUUGUACCUCGGUUCUCGGUAGCACUAAAUCUGAGUGCAAGCAAGAUUUCAUUGUCAUAAAGGCAUUUGUAAUGUUAUUUUAAAAACUCAUUUCUUCAUUUACCUCUGCUUUUUGCCCCAUCCAAAGAGACCCAGUCACUGUACCGGUCCCUUGCAAGUCCUUAGACAGGUUGUACUGUAGAACUCUGUAACUUUCUGUUGAAAGCACUUCCUGUAUUCUCGUAUUCCAGUGUAGGAAGCUAAUAAUAGAACAGGACCUCACUUUAAAAUUCCUUUCAACGACUGACUCUUUAAAAUUGUAGUAAUGUGCAUAUACAUUUUUUACAAACUAAAAAAAACACAGUAUGAGCUGCUGAAAAUGAAAAACAACUUAAAGAACAUUUUAAUGAUCCGCUCUGAGUGUGUAGUAGCAAGCACUGCACAAAGCAGGUAGCAUUCGCGAAAGAAACUGUUCUCUCUCUAAAUCUUCUGCUCUCUCACUUCAAUUUGUAUUUCUGACAUAAAGACUCUCCACUUCUCGGUUUGAACCAGAACAUCGUGUUCGAAAAGGUUCUGGGAUUCCUUAUGAAGUUUCUAGUGACUUGUGACUAGAUUUUAUGAAACUUACAGAUACGUUCUUCAACGUGAUGUCAUCCUGUGCCUUUCGUGUACAUUAACUUUGCUCAGACAGCUCGAAAGUUGUAUUUGCAAAGUUAGGCCUUCGAUUUUUAUAAACGAAAGAUUCCUCAGAACAGUGUCACAAGCUCUGUUUCCUCUGAAGUGUGUGAAAGCUGUACAAUGUGCCGUUUUUCUUAACUCGCAAGGCCUUUUCGUUUGUUUUUAUAUUUAGGAACACUGAUUAAUCAGGAAUACUAUAAGCUGUUUUCUUUUUAAUUUUGCUUCUUAACCAAUAUAUAAUUUUGUGCAUACACUUUAUUAAAUAGGUUGUUUUGUAUAUACGAACAAUAUUUUUCUCUUUCUAAUUUUUAGUUAAACUAGACGAAAGCAAACUAUUUGCCAAUUACUAAAAAGCAAGUAUAUCAUUGCUCCUAGUCCCAAAUAAGUACUAUCUGUAUUAUUUUAAGCGAGGGCUUGUUUUCAUCACAGUAACAAAACCAUGCGUACAUAUUGUUUCAAUGUGGCUAAACUGAAAGGCCUUAAAUAAAAAUUAAAAAAAACACACAAUAAAUUCCUGAUAUAUUUUUAAAAAUGGCAGCUCUAUGCAUUUAUGCACAUGAAUUAUAAAAUACAAAUGCUAUAUAUGACAUGAGUUUUAAGACUGUCUAUUACAGAGUUGCAUUAAAGGGAAAAAUUCGUUCUUUUAUUAUUACACUAUUCAGCUUUUCCCAGGUGUUUUGGGGUUUUUUUGUGUGUGUGUAAUUGAGUUAGGUUAUAAAGUUAGAACAUGAAUCAAAUGGCGUGAUAUCUCAUGUAGCAGUAAUGGAAAGGGUUUUAAGCAGGGAGGGGAUGUAGGCUUUACUGAGAAAUUAGAUUUAGGCAUUUGAUGCCAGAGGUAUCUGCUCCGGCUUUGAGACAGCGGCCUGCAUUGCUAACACCUGGGAUCUUCCUAAUAAAAAGAGAUUCAGUCUUAUGUGUAGCUGUAACAACGCCUAAUCAUCCAUGUUAUAAAACCAGCUCGGUGCUUUUUCCUUCAGUGAGGAAAGACCUCACUGGCUGUUACUUGUUAAGUCUGUCCUUCAGCCUGUGCCCAGAAUUGUGUGUGUGCUCUGAUGUGUCCUUAGGGAUUUGCCUGGUGUAAGUAUCACAUCCAAUGUGGCCUAAAAAGUAAUUAACAAUCCUAAAAACUUUCAACAAGGACCCUGUCUCCAUCCCAGCUACCAAGUCCUCAAAGAUUAUGGAUUAUGUGUAUGUGUAUCUGCAUACACACCUGCACACAUACACACUAUGUAUGUGUGUGUAUGCAUACACACACACACGUAUGUAAAGGUGAAGGUGCCCUGGCUUCUUCAGAAAAGGAACUAGAAAAAACAUUUAUCAAGUUGAUGGAUUCUUUUUCUCCUCUAUUUAGGAGAAAUUAUAUUUGGUUCUGGGUGCUAUUAGCUGCCAUUCUCCUCCACACACACAGCAAAAUAUGUAUCUUUCUUCCUGAGGACUGACACAAGUUAAUUACUUCCAAAAGUUUGUCUAUUCUUUUAAAAAAGGAUUACAUACAGCUCAAGAGACCCCCUCCCUGUACUGAAUCUGCUGUACCAGGCAGUCCGACUGCUCUUUUGUGUGCUUGAAUUUGCAUGAAGGCUUAAAGGCAAAAAUCUUAUAUCUCAGCAAUUAUAGCAAAUAGGGACCCACUGGGGGGCAGCAGGUGUUGUCUCAGAAACUCGAGAAAGGCAACGCACUUUCUUAUUGUUCUCUUAAAAUCCCCCAAGUUUUAUAAUAACAUGAGAUAGUCCAAAUAUGGCAAUUGACUGGCACUCAUAUAAUUUCCUGAGCCUGGAAUUAUAGACUUUUUGUCUCCCAAAUGAGCUACAAAACAUAGUUAUUUAUUACUGCCCGGGAAACAAAGUGUAUUUCAAAUCAGUAAAGAAUAUUAGUAUUUUAUCCCUGUACCUUUCAGAAACUUCCUUCUGGAGUCUUGUGUCUUCUGUACUAUCCACAUUUUGUGUGAAAUCCAUUUGUAUGUUUUCUUACUCUGCAUCCAGUGAAUUCUCAAUAAUAUGAUAUUUUAGUGACAAAAAUAAUAAUUUGGACCGCAGUUUUGAAAAAGAAAACGCAAUGAGAAAAUAUCUAAACUGCCCUGAUUAAUGUACGUAUGUCAAAGUGUAGGGCCUGGUAAGGCAGUGUCAUCCAGCCCAGGGCUAUUAUAUUAAAUUAUUUUCUUGCUACCAUCAUCAUUUUCAUUUCGCUUUUCAAUCUAAUAAAAAGCAUAAUCAGUGAUUGCAAAGUAACAUCGCACCAGUAGGGGCAGAGGUCAUGGAAUUGUGGGUGUUCUUCAAGAUGAAGUUGGAGACCAAAUGAUAUCAUGGUUUUUCAAGUGAACUGAGAGGCUAUUUGAAGGUAUAAAUUUUAGGUGAAUUAAGAAUACUAGUCACCAACUAAUUUUGUCAAAGAUCUUUAUCCAGAUGGGGAGAAAUGACACAAAUCCACGCGCAUAAAAUUGCCACUUUCCUACAUAGACUAGAUAGUCAAUGCGUAGAGAUUUUUCUCAUUGAUAGUUAUAUUAUUUCACAUUAAUAGUUACUAUUCAGACUUUUUAUUUUUUUCCCAUUCACUGUCCCCAGUUCAUCCAUGGCCAACACUGGAGGGAGCAUCAGUAUCACCCAUCUCCGACCAAACUCAAUAUUGAGCACAAAGUUCAACAUGCUAUGAAGCAUUUUUUAAAAAUUAUCUUUAAAACAUCAUCUAUGUCCACCAAAACGCAUGAUAAUCAUAAUGGUAACUGUUAUAAUUUACUGAGAUGUAGCACAAUAAGUUAUUAUUUUGUUUGAUUCUCACAACAGUAUGAGGUAAAUAAUAUUAUUAACAUUUUAUAGAUGAAGAAACUACAGCCUAGAGGUUAAACUGACUUUCCCAAAGUCACCCAAUAAGCAGAACUGGAGUUAGAACCCCGGUAUAAAUUGCGCUAAACCCAUACUAUGCAUCUCACAGCUGCAUCCCCCUUUACUGGCUACAAGAAAAACAGGACAACAUUAUGUUCAUCAAUAACCCAACCACCUCAGUUGAAUGGCAGAGCUACAGAGAGGAGGAGGAGGAGGAGGAACAACAACAGAGCUUGGGAAAGAGAAAUGCAAAACAAAGAAAAGAAAAUUAGAUUGUUUCUCUUCUCAGGACACAAAUGUGUGUCAUAUUUGUAGUUGAUUUUCAAAGACUUGGGGAUUUCAUUUAGGUUGCCAGUUUAGCCUAUAUGGACACUCUGAAACUGUAUUAAUCAAUGUAUUCUACUCAUUGCAUACUUUUGGAAAUCCAAGACAGUUGAAUUAUGUCUGAGCGCCUUUCUGCCCUGUGAAGUGGACAGGGAUAGCCUGUAUUCAUCGGUCAAUGUCAAUGGUGAGAGGAGAGACCCUUGUGCUCUCAUUGCAGCUUCCUUGUGUUCUCCUCUACCCUUCAUAACUGGAUCACAACUAACUUUAUUGCACACGUUUCUCUUUUCCCCUUGAUAGUAGUUAGUGCCUUGUCUUGUUAUCUUUAUGUAGCCCUUACUCAUAUAGGCACAUAGUAAAUAUUGAGUUGAACUAAAUUCCCUAUAGAACAGUGGUUCUCAACCUUGGCUGCACAUUAGAGUCACCUGGGAAUCUUUUUAAAAUCCUGAUUUCCGGGCCCCAUCCUCCGGAAAUUCUGUUUCUUUGUUACUAAUGUGGUUGCCCCACCCCAUAACAAAGAAACAGAAUUUCUGGAGGAGGAGGCCCAGAAAUCAGGAUUUUAAAAAGAUUCCCAGGUGAUUCUAAUGUGCAGCCAAGGUUGAGAACCACUGCUAUAGAAGCAAUCAGGCUAUGGCCACGCAGCCCAAAGGGGAAAAAAGGGCUCACCCUUUUUUUAUUAUUAUUAUUCUGAUUACUGUUUGAUAUUUGAGUUUGUCCUUUGAAUAUUCAGGACUACUCUACAGGGGAAAAAAUACCUUUCUGUUUAUUCCUUUCACAUGUGAUCGCUCACCUGACACUGUUUAAAAUGAAUGAGAGGAGAUGGAUGAAAUAUAAUACUCCAUUAUACACUGAAAGAAAUAAUUUUCUGAAAUUUGUUUAUAUAUGCAGAUAUUGCCAGAAUGCCUAUUUCCAUAAACCUACGCAGUUAAUAUUAAAUAUGACUCUUCUGUGUAAUGAGAAAAUGGGGAUUUUCCCUUAUCCCUGAGGAUGGUUUCUCUUGCCUCUCACAUCUGGCUGUGAACCGCUUUCCAACCCUUCCUUUGUCAGUUUCUGAGUGUGCUCAUCUCCAUGUGGGAUUUUCAGCAAUGACCAAACUUUUUAUACCCACAGGGGAGGUUCUCACCAGUGAUUCCUGUUCAAAACCCCCAUUAAUGCUGAUGAAAUACAUGCGCACCAGCAGGAGGAAAGAUCCCUCAAGUGUAAAGAGCCAGGACCUUAGAGCCCUGAUAUAGGUUGGCAGCUAUAGCACCUCAAUGGGGCUUCAGGCCUAGUGCAGUAGAAGCCAGCGCCUGGGAAAUGAGAGUUUAAGUCCUUAUGCCCGAAAUUUUCUCCUUUUUGUCUUCUCGCCUUGCACAUUUCAAAAAAUUUUAUGAGAAAGCCUUAAAAAUCAGUUUUAAAUUUUUCAAAUGUUCUUAACCAGGCAAUUUCAUCAAAAGGAAACCAAAGUCAAUCAUAGGAAGCCUUUUGGGGGGAGGGGGAGAGGACAGGGGGAUGGUGGUGGUUUUCGUUUGGGGCAGUCUUUUGGAUAAAUAUUAGGAAUAUUUACAACAUUCUAUAAUCAAGUCCCAUUUCUUCUGUGAGGAGAGACCAGGGUAGCUUUUGCAUAUAAAUUGGCUCUAUUAGUAUUUAAGUAUGUUUGAACAAUUACUUGAAGUACAGCUAGAAAAUAAAGGUGAUGCUUCAAACAGUAUUGUGAAAUUAUAAAUAUUACUUUAAGAAAACUUAUAGCUUGCAUUACAAAAUUUAUGAUUUUUCUGCAUAACUUUAUUGAGAUGACUUUUGCUUUUAUAGUGAAAAUAAUAGAGUGACGAAAAUUUUGAGGAAUCUUUAAAGCUGUCAUAGAGUGGCAAACAACCUUUGGAUUUUUACUAAAAUUUUGAAAUGAGAAAGUAUAUCCAUAUUCUCAGUUCAAUUAGUCUUUGCUGAAGAACAGCUAUUACGAGUUUUAAGGGUCUUGAUAAAUGUUGAGUUCUGUUCUUUUUCUAAAACUCAUGAGGUCCAUGAUUGUUCAGUGCAUUGUGUUUUAUUUCUCAAAAUAAUGUGACAUGGAAAACUCAGUUAGUGGAAUCUUUUAGUCAAUAUCCCUACUUUCCUCCCUCCUCUCUCUUCCUCUCUCCAUUCCACUCCUUCCUUCUACGUCCUUCCUUCCUGUUUCAUUUUUUUGAGACAAGAAACUUCCUUAAUCGAGUUUCUACAGAGCUUUCUUACUUAUUUUUCUAAUAAUGGUUAUAAUAGUGUGAUGAAGUUUAAAUGCUCCGUGAGCAAAACUAUUAACCUGAAGAAAUGCAUUAUUGUUCACCACUCCCCUUGGUCUUAAACUGUCUCCAGCAUAGUUUCCAGUGACUCUACAACAUUAAUGGGUCUUAUGAAUAUAUACAAGUAUCUGUAUGGUUAUCAAUAGUGUUGUAUUAUUGUCACAUUAAUAGGCAUUUUUUUGUCAAAAUAUAAACAGAUGCGUGUGUGAAAUAACUCAUUUUAUAGAAUGAUCAUAUAUCUCAUCAUUUUCAUGUAAUUGAAAAUGUGCUACAUGUUGCAUUUUAUUCUCAUAUCUACUUUUCUACUAUCUAUAUACACCGAUUGUCUCGGUGCCCUUUUCCUUUUGUAUAAUUGUAUUACAAAAUGAAAUUACUGACCUCUGUGUAAACAAUGUACAAACUGUUAAAAUUAUUAAUCUAAAGAGAUUUUAAUGGCAGUUUAAUUUUCCAGAAAAUAAAUUUUUGCGUGGGUUAAA